GCUAUAAAUAAUGGUGCUAGAAAUAGUUAUAAUUUCGUGUCGACAAAAAUACAUACAUGUACUGUGGAGUCGGCUCCGAAGCAGUUGCAUCCUCUGUGCAAUCAAUAGAUCAGUGAAGCGGAACGACUGCUGCGUAUAUUUGGACUCCCCGAAUAUUCAAAGACCUUUGCAAUGCGAACAACCACCAGCAGCGAUUAUCUACUAAAAUGGCGGGAAAAGCACUCUUAAUCUUCGCUACCAUUUCAGCAUUAAAUAUAGAUGCUCUUCGUGUCUACAACAUACGCCAUUCAUCUGCUUUGAGUGCAUCCCGGGAAGACAUCUCUGCGAUAAUCAAAAAGUCCCUUCAAUUUCAACGAAAUUUUUCAAAUGGGUCCUCAUUGCAGUCACAAGGUGAGGUAUCUAGGACGUCACAACCUAAUCAAAGUGAGCAAAACCUAGAUCCGGGAUAUCAUACUUACGGUCUUGACAGAAGAAAACGAAUUUACCGCAGUCUGUCUGAUGGUCGAGUGAUCAUCACCCAACAUUUCACAGAGAGGACUGUCACUCCUGGCGGUGAUAUCAGCAUGCAAUGCUCAGCCACGGGGGACAGACCGCCUCAAUUCACCUGGGAGCGAGACGGGGUCGUAGUCACCACUGAUGCGAGGUAUUCGCUAGGUCAGCUGAUGACCUCCGACAACUCGGUGGUCGCUCAGUUGAACAUAACGCGGGUGCGCGUGGAGGACGGUGGGCUGUACUCCUGCAUCGCUUCGGAGGGCGAAUAUUCGGCCGUCCACGAGAACCGACUAGACGUUUACGGUCCUCCAUACAUAAGAGUACUACCUCCGAUCAAAGUCCAGAGUGGUGAAUCGAUCAACUUGAGGUGUCCUUUUUACGGAUAUCCUAUUAGUAAAAUCGACUGGGAGUACAAGGGCAAAACAAUCAAUUCCAAUCCAUUUCAAACACGAUACAAACGCAACCAGAAACGUAAAAGAAACGCGCCAACAGUUAACAUGAACGGAGUCUUAACACUCACAGAGGUUUCUAAAGAGGAAAAUGGCGCCGUGUUCACUUGCAUAGUCACCAGUCCUUCCGGAGAGAUGGCUCGGAGAGCUUUCGAAAUACAAGUCAUCGAAGCUCCAGUGCUAGAUGAUUUGCUACUAGGCAAUAAUUUACAGGAGGGCCAGAUUGUUAAUGUGUAUUGCAAUGUCAGGAGUGGUGACCUACCAAUACAUUUUGAAUGGUUAAAAGAUGGGAAGAGGAUACCUAGUGGUUUAAAGGUAGUAGAACGAAGUUCUGAGCUCUUCAGUGCCUUGGUAAUCAAGAAGGUAUCUCUAGAACACUGUGGAGUUUACACCUGUGUCGCCUCUAACCACGUCGCUAAGGUUAACAGAUCUACAGAACUUUACAUUAAAGUGGCUCCAAAAUGGUUGGAAGAGCCGUCCAACUCUUCGCUCCUUCUGGGCCGGAGGGGAGCCGUAUCGUGCAGUGCUAGCGGCUACCCGCAGCCUCAGGUGCACUGGAUGAAGAAAGACGCUCUUCUUGGCACCUGGCAGCCAGUCCUAGAGCUCGCCGGCGGCGGGAUCCUCAGCCUACCCAAUGGGACCCUCGUGAUAGAGGAGGUGUCCCUAGCUGACGAGGGGCUCUACUCCUGUAACGUGGAGAACGGAGUGGGGCAGCCGCUUAGCAAGUCUGUGUGGAUGAGUGUCAAUAAACCCGUUCACUUUGAAUCAUCGACAGCCAACGUGACCUCACGGUUGGGUCACCCGAUAAACUUGGCAUGCAAACCACUCGGCGAUGAACCAAUCAGGGUUACCUGGACCCACAAUGGGAACGUCAUCGAUUUUCGACAUCACAGAUCAAAACUAACUGAGACGAAAUCCACACUGGGCGUUGUUAGCACAAUCAACAUCCAAUAUUCCGAGGCUAUGGACGGCGGCUUGUACCAGUGCCGAGCGAGCAACCCCUACGGCGCUGCAAGCUUCGCUAUACAUCUCACCAUUUUAGAGCCCCCCACGCCGCCGUCCGACCUCCGCGUGGAGUCUGUAUCGUCACGCGGCGCGCUCGUGUCGUGGCGCGACGCGCGGACGGCACACGCACAGUACUACUCCUUGCAGCAUGUGCCGCAGCACUACAAUGUCUGGGAGCACGCGGUCACCAUCAACGUCUCUAGAAAAGACACAGAUCUGCGGCAAAGCUUGGAGCUGCAGAACCUGAGGCCGGCCACUGCGUACGGCGUGCGAGUAGCCACCGGCAACAAAGUCGGCGUCAGUCUGUUCACCGCCCCCGUGCACUUCACCACACACGAAGAGGCUCCAUCUUCACCCCCGAACAAUGUGCAAGUGGAACAGACUGACAAUCCCGGAGAGCUGCGGGCUUCCUGGAUGCCUCCGCUGAAGGAGACGCACAACGGGCUUAUAGUGGGGUAUCAUGUUAAGGCGGUGCCGCAAGGCAUUUCAGUAUCGGACAUCAAUGACUCUAGAACAGUCAAGGUUUUACAUCAAUCAGGAAAACAAGAAACUUUACUAAGUGGACUCUUAAAGAACACUAGGUAUGCUGUGUCAAUAGCAGCCUUUACUAGUGCGGGAUCAGGACCAUUCUCUAUACCCGUAUUUCAAGACACCAGGGAAGGAGCGCCAGAGCAAGCGCCGCUGGCGGUGGAGUGCACGGCGGUGUCACCGACGUCACUGCGCGUGGGUUGGCAACCCCUGCAGGCCGGCGCCAGCUCGCUCGUCGGCUACUCUGUGCUUUACGCGGCAGAGGAGGACGCAUGGCAUAACCAAACGUCGCUCCAUACCGAGAUAUACCUGCAGGGCCUGCUGAAGUACUCUAACUAUACCGUCAAAGUGGCCGGUUUCUCCAACUACGGGGCAGGACCUUUCUCCUAUCCGAUCGUUUGUGCUACAUUACAGGACGUGCCCGAUCCGCCAGCUGACAUCAAAGUGCUGGUGCUGUCGGGCUCCUCCCUGCUCGUCAGUUGGAAGAGACCGGAACAUUCCAAUGGAAUACUGCUGUAUUAUACAGUUUACGUCAAACCUACUUCUAGCAACGGCCCCCCACAAACUUACCGCGUGGAGGAGGGCCGCACCAGCGCAGAGAUCAAGGAGCUGGGCGCGGGCCGCAGCUACGAGGCGUGGGUCACCGCCACAACCCGCGCCGGCGAGGGAGCGCCCUCCCGCCGCGUCUCACACACCCCGUCGUCUAGAGUGGUAGCGGGCGUGGCUUCCCUGGGCGGCACCGUGUCGGUGGGAGUGGGCAGCUCGCUGCUGCUGGUGUGCCAGUGCGUGGGCGUGCCGCCGCCGCGCACCGUGUGGUACCACAAGCACAACAUCAUCACGCACCACCCGCGCUUCACCAGGAACCAUGACGAUAGUCUGCUCAUCAAUAACAUAGACCCAUCUCUCGGCGGCAACUACACCUGCCUUGCAAAGAACCUGUACGGCUCAGACUCGGUGGAGUACUCGGUGGUGGUGCUGCCGCUGCCCGAGGCCCCCGUGCUGCGCGCCACGCCGCACAAGCACUCCAUACUCGUGGAGUGGGAGCAGCCCUACUACUCACACAACAAGAGCAGUCAGAAGAUUGGUUACAGUCUUACUUGGAAAGUGGCCAAUGGACCGUGGCAGGAGGCGUGGCCGGCGACGCGGCCGAAUUUGUCGGUACAAAAGCAUACACUGACGGGUCUUAAGUGCGGAACUAAGUACUCCGUUAGGAUCACGGCCACUAACAAAGUGGGGACAUCCCAACCGGCGUAUCUGGACGUGAGCACCCUUGGGGGAGUGCCGAUCCCGCCGGCGAGCAGCGAGUGGUUGUGGAGCAACAGCACGCACCUGUACGUGCAGCGCGCGGGCUGGGACGACGGCGCGUGCCCGCUGCGCGCGUUCGACGUGCAGCACCGCCCGCUCGGCACGCGUGCCUGGAGGACCGCGCAGACACAGAGUUACACGGACCUUUCGUCAUGGAGCUCGUACGAGUCGGGGCGCAGCGGGUCCUUCGCCAUCGGGGACCUGACGCCCGGCACCUGGUACCAGGUGCGCGUCACCGCCACCAACGAGGCCGGCAGCGUCACCACGAUAUACGCCUAUGCUACUAAGAAUGAGGAUGGCAGCGAAGUCGGCCCACCAUCGGAAUUUUUAGACCUGAAUAUGAUCGUCAUCAUCUGCAGCUCGAUUUUACUGCUCAUCUGUCUUCUCAGCUGUGUUUACAUACUCGUCAGGAGACAAAGAAGCGGCAACCUAACAGAGUACCGCGACUCGAUAACCGUGGACAACAAGUCGGAGAGCGGCAACCUGACCGCCAACACGUCGCACACCAACCUCGCCAACAUGGCCAACGCCGGCAACCUGUCCAGCAAGGAGAACGCCAUCAACGCGCAAAACAGGAUUUACAGCGCGCCCAUACAUAUGAGGAACAAUAGCAAGCAUGAGCUGUACGAGAUCAGUCCGUACGCGCAGUUUGCGGUGGGGUUCCGUACGUUCGGGCACGUCGACAACCAGGACUUGCCCGGCCGACACAAGCACCGUUUCGACACAGAAACCAGUUUUCAAGUGUGUUCAGAGUCUGAGGACAGUGAUAGUAUAUCAAAAUCCACACUCAAGAGCGUGCCAAGAAAAGCAUGUCGGCAACCACACCACAGAUAACUAGACAAGGAAGAAUUAUCUUUUUAAAAUGGUUGAGGAAUAAGAUUCCAUGGACCAUUACCAAGGUGCCAAACGUUCGGUAGCAUUGUUACGUUGAAAUAGUUAAAAAAACUUUUGAAUUUCAAGGAAAACGAAUUGUCAUCGAAACCAUACUGCCCUUAAAACCGCUAUUAAUUAUUGUAAUUUCUUAUUAUACUUACUUAAUAAUUACAAAACUGGUAUGGUUUAAACGUGAGAAAGAGUUAAAGCUUUGGCAAAGGCUAAACCCAUCAACCGAUCAUUGAUUGAUGGCGGGGAAUAUUAAUUAUUUUUACUCGAGAAUUACAUAAUAAACCAAUCAAAUGCCGUAACUACCUGGGUAGUUGGAUACAAUGGGCGCUAAUGGGUUAAAAUAGAGAAUUUCUGAAAAAGUUUUUACAUAAGUAGGAUACAAGUACCUAUCUAAACGGCGUUUUUUUGUCUAUUUUGUUAUAGGUACAUUUUUUAAUGAUGUACAAAACUAUUGUUGAUUACAUUUAACAUAGGUAUACAAUAUAAGAAAUUAUUUUGUAGAGCAAAUCUUAAUUACAAAAUAAAACCAAUAAUAGUAUUGUGAAUCUAAAAAAUAUUGUGACAAAAGAGGAAAGAUAAAGUGUUCCGAUAUAGUGAGCGGUCCCAUAUAAUUUUUACCAUCAUCUCUCACCUGUUAUUAUACCACAAACAGUUCAGGACGACUUCGCCCACAAUCCUAUUUCGUCACGUUUUUAAAUCGUCCACAAUCCCAUGUCGUCGGCAUACAAUUACUAAAUCGUCACCUUCCUAACUCGUCCACAUUCGUAUAUAGUCAAUUUCUUAUCUUGUACAUAUUCCUAUACGUUCCAAAGUGUUAACUCGUCCCCUUUUGUAUCUGUUCUUUAUAAGAGUACUAAGACGAUAUAGGAAUGGUGAUAAGUUAACAGUAUAGUCGAUAUACGAGUAGGAAUGGUGAUGAGUUAGCACCGUGGACUAAGACGGUGGCCGAGUUAAGAAGGUGAUACAGGAAUGUCGACGAAACCGGACAGUGGACCAUAUGGCAAUGAGGACAACCUAAGAAGUCGGCGAAAUAGAACUGUGGGCAAAUUCGGCCUGAGACAUUCAAACCGAGACUUUAUUAUGCUAGGUUAUAUAAUAUACAGAGUGGAAAGAAUGAUGUGCCCUGGAGGGAUAGUGGCUUAAAAACGUACCUAAGUUAGGUCAUUUUACUUUAUGGAAACAUUCUUUUGUUUUAAAAAGAAACAAAUCUGUAUUCAAAGUUUUUUUUUUAAUUUUCAUGUCGGGCCCGGGAAUCGACCCGACAAAAAAAACUAAAUAACUAUUCGAUUUUAUUGACAUUUUGUACGACAGACGAGUAUAAGGCAUUAAUGUUUCUUGGAGAAAUUUUAACAUUAACAUUAACGGUACCGACUAGUGGAAGAAAAUAGCGGAUUUUCGAGCGAUACAUACGAAUAAAAAAAAUCUAUUGAUGCAGUUUAGUUUCUUUAAAAAAUUAAAGAAUGUUACCUGUAAGUAAAAUGAGCUAACUUAUGUUUUUGAGGCACUUUUUCUCACAGGGCCCAUACAUUUUUUCCACACUGUAUAUGUAAAAGUACCUAGCGACAUUGAGAAGUUAAAGUAAUGCCCAAAUUGGGGAAAAAGGGUUGAAGAAUUUAUACUUAUUAUUUAUUUAAUCGUAUGGCAUGCAUGGAUAGGCAAUCAGAGAACAGCUUUGAGGUUGUUAAGCCAGGUAACUACGUCGGGUGUCAAGACAUCUAGAUCCUCAGCUGGGCCAGGAUAGAAGUGAAGUGGGCAGCGCCGAAAUAUGUGCUCAAUGGUUUGUUCUUCUUCGCCGCACUCGCAGAGCGGAGACUCCUUCUAACCCCACUUAUGUUGGAAAUAAUUACAGCGGCCA